GCUUAGAAGAAGUUUACUGAACUUUAUGUCCUUUUUCUUCUCCCAACAAACCAACUUCAACAAAAACAACAACAUGAAACAACCAGAUGAGAAUGAUGCAAGCAGCAUCUCCAGUUGUAAUAAACCUGAGAAUGAUACUGUUAGCAACUCUAAAUACUUUAAGACUUUUCCAUCAGGCUACAGAUUCGAACCUCUUGAUCAAGAACUAAUUCUCGACUAUCUUGUACCCAAAUUAAAAGGCCACAAAUUGCCUCGACAUCUCAUGCAUCCAGUCAAUCUCUACGAUCAUGAUCCUGAAUACCUUUCUGCAAAUUACGAAGCACAAGGCCCUAAAACGUGGUAUUUCUUCACAUCAAUGAACACAUCUUCGAGAAAUCGAUACAGAAGCAGCAAGAAUGAGAAUGGGUGGUGGAAACUCACUGGACAAACAACCACCAUUAAGAAUGAUGAUGAUGAAGUCAUUGGAUCAAGAAGGAAGUUGUUCUUUAAUUUUUACCUACCAAAAGAAGGUGGUGAUGAUAAUACUAGGUGGAUCGUACAUGAAUUUGAGGUGCAAGGUAAGUGCAAACUACCUCAGGAUCAGAAGAACCAAACAGAAGAGAAAAUGGACCAUGUCCUGUGCAAAUUAUUCAAGAUAACUACUCGUAGUUCAACUAAAUCCAAAGGACAAAAGGAAGAAAAAAGUUCACCGGAAAAAGAGCAAGACAUCGACCUUAAGAGUGAUUGCAGUGUUGAUUUAAACGCCAAUGGAAAUGACAAUGACAAUGACAAUGACAAUGUAAAUGGCAAUGAGGAAGGUAGUGGCAAAAGACCCAUUUUGCCUGAUUUAAAUAACUAAAGUGACUGUCAGAAUCAGCUUCUCUUCUCGACCUCAUUGCUGGAACAGUAUGCCCCGGCUACUCUGUCGAAUUACCACCAUCUGAUUACAACCAUUAUCAGCCUUAUCCGAGUUAUCCUCAUUACUGUAAUACUACUGAUUUCUUGUGUGAUGACUUGCUCGUCAGCUGGUUCUAACUCAAGGAUUCCGUCACCUCACUAUCAAAUUACUGGUUAGAUGAUGGUUUCGACAGUACCCCCACCAGGGCCACCACCAACGAGAUAGAGCUAGCUAAUAGUCAAUAUUUUAGGUUACUUCUUGUAGGAGUAAGGUAAGUCUAUGCAUGUUAAUCCAAACUAAAUAGCUGAUAGUCUCUGCUUUUGUUUUUGUUUCUUUUACUUUUCUGUUUGUCUUUAAAGGAUACUAGUGUAUGGAUUUAGGUUUAAUCUUGUAGGAGUUAUAUGCAUGAUCAUGUACUAGAACAUAGUAUGGGGUAUGUCGAAUUUUGUCACAUUUAUUACCUGUUAGCUUAAUAAAGACUGAAGUUUAUCA